AGCCAGCGAGGGUAGAGAGGAGAGCAUCGAGCAGGGAGGGAGAGAGAGAGAGAGAGAGAGAGAGUGUGUGUGUGUGUGUCUGCCGUAUACGUGUGAGAAUCCUGGUGUUGUGGUGUUCGUGUCCGAGAGCUCGCCUGGGUUCGCAUUUGGAAAAUGGUAGAUCAGUACGCGCUCGGGUUGAUCUUGGCCUCGGUGUUGGGGUUCGUGGUGUUGUACAAUCUGAUGGCCAAGAAGAACCGCAUCAGAGUUUCUUCGGAGGCGAGAAGCGAGGGCGUGCAGACCGUCACCACGACCACCAACGGAGAAUGCAGAUCCAUUGAAGGCGACGUCGACGUAAUCAUCGUCGGAGCCGGUGUCGCCGGCUCUGCCCUCGCUCACACUCUCGGCAAGGAUGGACGUAAAGUUCACGUGAUUGAAAGAGAUUUAUCGGAGCCUGACAGAAUUGUUGGAGAAUUGCUACAACCUGGAGGCUACCUCAAGUUGAUUGAGUUGGGUCUUCAAGACUGUGUGGAGGACAUUGAUGCUCAACGAGUGUUUGGUUAUGCUCUCUUUAAGGAUGGGAAAAACACCCGACUCUCUUAUCCCUUGGAGAAAUUUCACUCGGAUGUUUCUGGAAGGAGCUUUCACAAUGGCCGGUUCAUACAGAGGAUGCGGGAGAAGGCUGCAUCCCUUCCCAAUAUACGAUUGGAGCAAGGAACCGUUACUUCUCUGCUUGAAGAAAAUGGAACAGUUAAAGGCGUGCAGUACAAGACUAGAGAUGGAAAAGAACUGGCAGCACAUGCACCUCUAACCAUUGUCUGUGAUGGCUGUUUCUCAAACUUGCGUCGCUCACUUUGCAAUCCUCAGGUUGAUGUGCCCUCUUCCUUUGUUGGUUUGGUUCUGGAGAAUUGUGAACUACCUUAUGCAAAUCACGGGCAUGUCGUGCUAGCAGACCCUUCCCCCAUUUUGUUUUAUCCUAUUAGUAGCACAGAGGUUCGUUGCCUGGUUGAUGUACCUGGACAGAAAGUCCCAUCUAUUUCAAAUGGUGAAAUGGCAAAGUAUUUGAAAACCAUGGUGGCCCCUCAGGUUCCCCCUGAAAUAUAUGAUUCUUUUGUAGCUGCCGUUGAUAGUGGUAACAUUAGGACAAUGCCAAACAGAAGCAUGCCAGCGGCUCCACAGCCUACUCCUGGAGCCUUGCUGAUGGGGGAUGCAUUCAACAUGCGCCACCCGUUAAGGGGAGGAAUGACUGUGGCAUUGUCAGAUAUUGUUGUGCUUCGGGAUCUCCUCAGGCCUUUGCGAGACCUAAAUGAUGCACCCACACUCUGCAAGUAUCUUGAAUCCUUCUACACCUUGCGUAAGCCGGUAGCAUCUACAAUUAAUACUUUGGCGGGGGCCUUGUACAAGGUCUUUUGUGCUUCACCUGAUCGAGCAAGGAACGAAAUGCGCCAGGCUUGCUUUGAUUAUUUAAGUCUUGGAGGUGUAUUCUCAACGGGACCGGUUUCUCUUCUCUCGGGGUUGAACCCUCGCCCAUUGAGCUUGGUUCUCCAUUUUUUUGCCGUUGCAGUUUAUGGUGUUGGCCGUUUAUUGGUGCCCUUCCCUUCACCCUCACGCAUGUGGAUUGGAGCCAGAUUAAUUUCGGGUGCAUCAGCAAUCAUCUUCCCCAUUAUCAAGGCAGAAGGAGUGAGACAGAUGUUCUUCCCUGCGACCGUUCCAGCUUAUUACAGAGCUCCUCCCGUCAACUGUCAAGCGAGAUCACUAAAACCAGAUGCCAUAUAGGGAAUUGUAAGCCAAAACUAGCAAAUUUGUACUAGAAUGUGCCUUCCCUUCUUCAAAGUUGAGGGGAGGGUGAAUACUUUUGCGUACGAUUUAUCGAUCCACUUUUUCGUUU